AUGGAUUUGAAAACUUCCGUACCCAGCAAGAAAACUCCAGUAGCUAACGAGCAAGAAAAGGUUCUCUCCAGCUGCCAACCACAAGAAGACCUGAUAGACUGGACUGGGGCUUGCCCCGGAGGGGAAAAGAAAGAAAAUCAAAGAUAUGACUAG